AAUUUUCUGAUGAAUGCAUUAAGCGUAAAGCGUAAAUUGUUGUGAUUGUUGUGGCUAUUUUUCCACAAUUCGAAAUAUUAACUUGAUACGUUUUUUGAGAAAUUUGAGAAAUAAUAUGCUAUAAAAUAAUCUAAAAGUAUUACAACUGACAAAUUUCCGAAGCGGAAACUUAUCUCUUUUAAAUUAAUAUUUUAAUAUAUGAAAGAGACGUAUGUUUCUAAAAUGCUUGAUUAUUUAUUAUGCAAUCUUUAGCCAAUUUACCCAGCUUUAGUUCUAUGAAAAUUAUCGAUUCCUGCAUCUUCUUGCCUAACACAUGGAGAGAUCACGUGAACUCUCUUCCUCAGAUUAAAGGUAUAUUCACACAAAUGCGGUAUAACCGCAUAAGGAAUUUGAUUGGAAGCACGCAUAAGCACGUGCAUAAGAAAAUGGACCAAUCAAUUUCCUGGUGCAUUUGUUAUGCGCUUAUACAAAUUUGUGUGGAUAUACCCCAAUGCAUAUACUGCCCAGUUUCACGCAUGCGCACUCUGCCUUGCUUGUGUGCAUCAAAGGUGUAGAAUGGUGCAGACCGAUCAGUUGCGGUACACGCGAUAUUCGCGUGAUAGAUUUGUUUAUUUCCAUUAUAUUUUCUAAUUUAACAUAUAUGAUUUGUCAUCACCUUAUGUUAGUAUUGUCUUAUCUCAAAAUCUGUGAUAUUGUAGAUAUGAUAUCUUUAUUUAUUUAUAUAAUAGAAUGCUUUGUAUCGGCCUAUUGACUCGGCCAACAGGAGGCGUUUGUUAAAUAUUUCAAAUUAAGUGGAGAUUGUUUCAGACUCGUACAAUAACAAAAUGACGAAACGUGAAAGAGAAGUGGACAGAACGAAUAUACGAAAUGUCUUUAUUACUUCACUUAUCGCAGGAAGUGCUGCAGGCAUGUUCGUGGACGUGGCAUUAUUUCCACUAGAUACAUUGAAAACUCGAUUGCAAAGUGGACGAGGAUUCUUAAAGGCUGGAGGAUUCAGGAAUGUUUAUAAAGGGAUUCUUCCUGUUAUAACAGGAUCAGCCCCAACAGCUGCACUAUUCUUUUUAACGUAUGAAGAAAUCAAAACUGUGAUACAACCAAAGAUUUCUACCAAAUAUUGUACCGUUGUUCACAUGGGAGCAGCGUCGUUAGCAGAAAUGGUAGCGUGUCUAAUAAGAGUUCCAGUGGAAGUUUUGAAACAAAGGAGACAGGCACUGAUACUAGAUAAGGAAUUGCUUGGCUUUAGAUUAUUAUAUCGUGGAUAUUGGAGCACGGUGUUACGGGACAUGCCUUUUAGUAUCGUACAGUUUCCAUUAUGGGAAUAUUUGAAAAGGUUCUAUACUGUCUAUAUUAAGAGAGAGAUAUAUCCUGCGGAAAGUGCAAUUUGUGGAGCAAUUGCAGGAGGUAUCUCUGCAGCGGUUACAACUCCGUUGGAUGUUGCGAAAACAAGAAUAAUGCUUGCCGACAGAACAUUAUUUUCGUCAGAACUGACAAUAUCAAAUGUGCUUUAUAAAAUAUAUAUAGAAAACGGUGUUCAUGGACUAUUUGCUGGUUUUGGGCCAAGAAUAAUAUGGAUUACAUUAGGAGGUUUUAUAUUCUUUGGAGUUUACGAAGAAGCAAAAGUCCUCACAUGGACGUUAUUUCCAACGUUAAAAAAUACAAAUACCGUACAUAAAAACUAAGAAAAGGUAGAAAUUUUAACAGAACGCUUGCAAAUUCAACACUCGCACGAUGCUUUGAACAUAAUGUGAUUCGAUACAAUUAUCAUAUAUGUUAAUCAUGAAUAAUGAUAAAAUCAUUCGAGUUGUUCAACAUAAAGCACCGACGGUGUGUUCUUUAGUUAUAUUCAAUAAAACAAACUGAUUGAUAAAUUGGUACAAUGUGAUAACUGUACUAGAAAUUGUGUAGGAGCGUGUUCAACAAUAAAAUAGCAGAACAGUAAA